AUGUUUUUUGUGAACAAUACUCCUGUGACUAGCUUCAUACUCCUGGGUUUUUCUGAUGUUCCGAGACUCCAUCCACUACUAUUUACAAUACUAUUUUCUGUCUAUCUCAUCACCCUUUUGUCCAAUGGCCUUAUUAUUGCAAUAAUAAAUGCUGACCACAGUCUUCACACUCCUAUGUAUUUCUUCCUUACACAUUUGUCAUUCUUGGAGAUUUUCUAUACCUCAGUCACAACCCCAAAGAUGCUGGAUAACUUGCUGGUGAAGCAAACUACCAUUUCCUUUUGGGGAUGUGCUGCCCAGAUGUUCUUCUUCCUAUUCUUUGGGGUGGCAGAGUGCUUCCUCUUGGCUUCCAUGUCAUUUGACCGGUAUGUGGCAAUAUGUAGGCCUUUGACCUAUGGAGCUGUCAUGAACAAGAAAUUUUGUAUCCAGUUGGUGGUUGGGUCAUGGAUCUGUGGAAGUGCCGUAGCACUGGGACACACCACACUCAUGUUUCACUUGCCGUUCUGCGGGAUCAUCAUCAACCACUUUUUUUGUGAAAUUCAACCACUCUUUGAACUGGUCUGUGGAGACACUUUUCUCAGUGAGAUUCAAGUUAUUGCAGUGGCUGUGCUGGCAAUCAUGGUGCCAUUCUGGAUGAUCAUCUUCUCCUACAGCUGUAUCCUCCACACCAUAUUCAUGAUGCCAUCAUCACAGAACAGAUACAAAGCCUUCUCCACCUGUUCUUCACACCUCCUGGUAGUGACACUGUUCUAUGGCACAGCAGGCUUCAUGUACUUAAGACCAAGAUCAUGUUACUUGCCAUCAGUUGACAAACUGCUGUCUCUGUUCUAUGCUAUUGUGACUCCAUUGCUGAAUCCUGUUAUUUACAGUCUGAGAAACAAGGAAUUCAAAGGAGCUCUGAGGAAACUAUUGAAAAAAUAUUUAUUUCACUGA